CAUUACUUUUUUUUUUUAUUGUCAUUGAAAUCCAGUCUGUAUUUUAUACUUAACAGAACAUCUCAAUUUACACUUUCCCCAUUUCAGGUGCUUAGUAGUCACAUUUGGCUAGUGGCUACCAUAUUGGAUGGUGCAGUCCUCGAAGAAAAGGGGGAAUUUGUGCUGUAAUAAUGGUACAUGGUGCCAUUUGGCUCUUGCUUUGCAAUGGACAUCCCAGACACACAUCUGUGUAUCCCACAAGAACUCCUGACAUCUGUCUCUGUACUUGGGGUUCGGAUCAGGGCCUUUGGGGGCAGAGUGAAGGGUGUUCUGAGUGGAAUGUCAGGAGCCACGGGCAGAGAAGGAAGACCUGCCUCCUUUCUGUCCCAUCAGGAAGUUCAGGCCGUAACUGCCCUAAGCUGUCCUCAUAGGCUGGCUACUCUCUGACCCAGAGAUGUCCAUUGCUUUGGAGGAGAAGUGUGUGUGUGAUGAGUGAAGUGAUCCUCAGGCCCAGUGUGGUGGUAGCUGACAAGGACACGGGCCACAGAGCCACAGGCCAUUGAUGCUCUUCCCCAGGGAAGGAUGUCCUCUGCUACCUGUCCUUGUACCUGUUGGGCACUCCAGGCUCUCCCUUUUUGGCGCGCUGGCCUGCCCUUUGGGAGGAGUGGACACCCUCCUCAGCUCUUGGAGGCUCUUUCAAGGUAGAUGGUGUGAGAAACUCACCCAGCUUCCCAGGCCCUACAGCUGGGUGAAAACAUAAGACCCAGAACCCCACGGCCUCCCACAGCUUGGGUAGGCCUCUCUGGUGUACUACCCUGCAGGGUCUUUCUGGGUAUCAAGAAUCCCCAAACAGUACCUGGACCUCCCCUGGCACUUCACCCAAGGAACUUCCUUUACAGGGAGCCCAGUGAAGAGCCCCCAUCCUACACCAUGGUCCUUUGUAUCACUGGCCCCUCUGAGAGUCUGAUGAAAGCUGUGGAUCCUUUCCCCAGGAAAAUACUAAUAAGAGACUGUGUGUGUGCAUGCAUUUAUUAUGCAUGCACACUUGCUGUUUUGCGCUGAUACCAGGAACCUGUAGCCCCCUGGAUUGGACUCGGUGAAGUUCUGGCUGCCCUGCACAUACCUGCUGUACCAGUCCUGAGGGGCACCUUGCUGGCCUUUGCGGGUACACUGGGCUUGUUACCACAUUGAUACCUCUACUUACCCUGUUCUAGCCACUGGACAUGACUUCUACUUUACUUCUGCUGUUUGUGAUCCUGCCCAAUGUUCACAUUCCAGGCCUGAUCCCCUCCUCCUCCAGGAAGCCGUCACCUGAGUGCCUGUGCAUUCAGCCCCCUGCCUGGGACCUCAGGAUACUGCAAGUGGGAACCAAGGGACAUCAGGUCAGAGUUUAGAUCCACUUGCAGAUAAUGGCCUGUUAGCACAGUCUGGGAUCUAGAGGCUGAGGGGGAUCUGGCCUGGGUACUGCUUUUGAGAAUGACGCUGAAUAGACAGCCCUCAGGCAGGUCCUGGCUGGGUAGACCUCGUUCUAGAACAGACUUUCUCAGCCUUGACACUGUGGACAAUUUGGACCCAGUGAUUCUCUGUUAGGUGUGUUUGUGGGUGUGGUGGAGUGGUGGGGUUGUGGUGAGAGCUGUCUUGUGCAUUGCAGCAUGUUUAGUAGCAUCCCUGGCGCAUACCCACCUAAAUGCUUGUAGCUCUUCUAAUCGUGACAACCAAAAAUGUCGUAGGCAGAGGGCGUGCAAAAUCACCUCAGGUUGAGAACUUCUGAUCUAGAAUGUUCUCACGGUUUAAAGAGACGCUUGUGAGAGGCGGGGUUAAUGGCUACUGUCUGCACCCCUCCCCUCCCACCCGAUUCGGGAUGGGAAGCUGGAGAUUCCUGCUCUGAUAAACCUGCUCAGCCUGUGAGAGUUUGGUUCGAAAUUAGUGCUUCGGGAGUACCCGCUGCUGGCCCCGGAGUACAAUCCUGGCGUCCUUGAGUUUUCCCAGCAGUGGUUCGGGUUUCAGGGAGGCGGUGGUUGUGGGUGGGCCGGGCAGCCCGCCCGCCCGCUGCUGCCCGCGCCCGCGCCGCGAGGUCUGCGCUCGCGCCGCUCCCUCCCGCACGCGCAGAAUGUCUGGAAGUGCCUGUUGCCGGGGCCUCCGCGGCGCCCCGCAGCCCCGGUCUGCUGAGCCGGGAGCCGCCGGAGUGGGGGCGGUCCGCGGCGGCCUGCAGGAGCGCGGGCGGUGGUAGCAGGACGCGGGCAUGCCCUUUCCCCCGGGCGGGCCGGCCGCGCGGCGCCCCGAGGAGCCGCAGCGGCUGUGGGCCUGGAGCCCCGAGCCCGGGGACGCCAGGGCAGGGGGGCAGCCUCUCCGCAAAGGUUCUGGGCGUGGGGAGGCUGAGACGCGGGAGUGCAUCUACUACAACGCCAACUGGGAGCUGGAGCGCACCAACCAGAGCGGCCUGGAGCGCUGCGAGGGCGAGCAGGACAAGCGGCUGCACUGCUAUGCCUCCUGGCGCAACAGCUCCGGCACCAUCGAGCUCGUCAAGAAGGGCUGCUGGCUGGAUGACUUCAACUGCUAUGACAGGCAGGAGUGUGUGGCCACCGAGGAGAACCCCCAGGUAUACUUCUGCUGCUGUGAAGGCAACUUCUGCAACGAGCGCUUCACCCACUUGCCAGAGGCUGGGGGCCCGGAAGUCACGUACGAGCCACCCCCGACAGCCCCCACCCUGCUCACGGUGCUGGCCUACUCGCUGCUGCCCAUUGGGGGCCUCUCCCUCAUCAUCCUGCUGGCCUUCUGGAUGUACCGGCAUCGAAAACCUCCCUAUGGCCACGUGGACAUCCAUGAGGACCCUGGACCUCCACCCCCGUCCCCUCUGGUGGGCCUGAAGCCACUGCAGCUGUUGGAGAUCAAGGCUCGGGGGCGCUUUGGCUGUGUUUGGAAGGCGCAGCUCAUGAAUGACUUUGUGGCUGUCAAGAUCUUCCCACUCCAGGACAAGCAGUCGUGGCAGAGUGAGCGGGAGAUCUUCAGCACGCCCGGCAUGAAACACGAGAACCUGCUGCAGUUCAUUGCCGCUGAGAAGCGAGGCUCCAACCUCGAGGUGGAACUGUGGCUCAUCACAGCCUUCCACGACAAGGGCUCCCUCACGGAUUACCUCAAGGGGAACAUCAUCACGUGGAACGAACUGUGUCAUGUGGCAGAGACAAUGUCAAGAGGUCUCUCUUACCUGCAUGAGGACGUGCCCUGGUGCCGUGGUGAGGGCCAUAAGCCGUCUAUCGCCCACAGGGACUUUAAAAGCAAGAAUGUAUUGCUGAAGAGUGACCUCACGGCCGUGCUGGCUGACUUUGGCCUCGCUGUUCGGUUUGAGCCAGGGAAACCCCCGGGGGACACCCAUGGGCAGGUGGGCACACGGCGGUACAUGGCCCCUGAGGUGCUUGAGGGAGCCAUCAACUUCCAGAGAGACGCCUUCCUGCGCAUUGACAUGUAUGCCAUGGGGCUGGUGCUGUGGGAGCUCGUGUCCCGCUGCAAGGCUGCCGAUGGACCGGUGGACGAAUACAUGCUACCCUUUGAGGAAGAGAUUGGCCAACACCCGUCACUGGAGGAGCUGCAGGAGGUGGUUGUGCACAAGAAGAUGCGGCCCGCCAUUAAGGAUCACUGGCUGAAGCACCCGGGCCUGGCCCAGCUCUGUGUGACCAUUGAGGAGUGCUGGGACCAUGAUGCGGAGGCUCGCCUGUCUGCAGGCUGCGUGGAGGAGCGGGUGUCCCUGAUCCGGAGGUCGGUCAACGGCACUACCUCGGACUGUCUUGUCUCCCUGGUGACAUCCGUCACCAAUGUGGACCUGCCUCCUAAAGAGUCGAGCAUCUAAGCCCAGGACACAAGUGGAUCUCUAGACUCAGUGGAUCUGAAGAGGAAAGGAAAAAAAGUUGUGUUUUGUUUUGGAAAUCCCGUAACACCAACAAACACAUAAAAUGCAGCUGCUAUUUUACCUUGACUUUUUAUUAUUAUUAUAAUUAUUAUAAUUAUUAUUAUUAAUAUUAUUUUUUGGAUUGGAUCAGUUUUACCAGCACAUUGCUCUACUGUAUCGCAAACAGCGGACACGUCAGCAGGCGUUGAGGUGCUGAGCUGUGAAUGCAGAACCAGCGCCAUGCUGAAGAGCCUCAGCCACCUCCUGUUCUUGGGGUUCAUUUUUCCCGCUUUCUCUUUGUUUGUUGUCUCAGAAUCUGUGACACAAAGAAACCCAUCUCCUGUCUUAGGAAACUUAAUGCUGCAAACUCUACCUAGAGGAAUCUUUGAAGACUGUUACAUAAGAACACACCUUCCUCAAAAGAGGAGUCUCCCUCUGCCCUUGUCUCCCUCCUCCCUCCCUUUUAUUCUGUUUUUCUCCCUUUUUAGACAGUGAGUUUAAGAAACAGCAGAUGUGUCUUUCACGGAUUAACGGGUGUUGUCCUGACCGAGGAAAAACUGGGAUGAGGAUGAGGAUGGUUUGGACUGGAGCUGGAAGGGGAGGAUGGAGCUGGGGGUUGGGUUUGGAACAGAGCUACACUGGACUCGGGCACAUUCGGAGCAGCAUCCUUUGCUAUGAGGCUACUUCUCAGGUAACCAGGAAUCGAGGGGAAGGACCGUGUGGAGGCCGAGCAUUAAUGGCAAGGGAGAGGUUUGGAGAAAGUCCAAAAGCAGGUGGCUCUCACCCACCUGCUGGCCCUGACCAGUUUUUUCCACUAACUUGGGCUUGGGCAUAGGACAAAACAUUUUUCUGCCCUAUUUUAAGGUUAUAUAAGGGUAGAAAUCAUCAUGGUUUAGUGAGUACAUUCUUCAUAAGACUCAAUGCUAUAAAUAUCUGUAAUGGAGGAAAAGUUGAAAUAUGUUACUUCCUCCUGGAGCAGUUCAGGGAAAUGCCCACAGGGGGCCCCCUGCACAGCCAGGGUAAGAGGAUUUCCUAGGUGGGGCCUAGCAAGGUCUGCCUCUCUGGAGACGCUGAGAGUCCUGCAGCACUGGCUCUGCCCCAAGUGGUGACAUAAAUGUCCCCUAUAUGUGGCUCAUGGGCACGGCUUUCUCCAGACCCCUUAAAGUGGUGCAUAUUCUAAAAACCCUUUCUCUAUUAUGCCAUAACCUUGCUCUAGUCAGUGAAUGUUCCUAAUGCUGCUGUUUCAACAUUUGAAUUUUUUUUAAUUUAUGAAACACGCAAAUUUUUUUUUUUUUAAACAAAACACACACAUCCACAUAUACACGCACGCUUUGCUAUGUGGCUUCCGAGGUUUAAAUUUUGAAAAGUAAAAGAAUUAAAACUUCACGACCACAGACCACCUCAAACCAGAAAUACCUCAAAGUUUUCUACUUGUGUAAGUUUUAUUAUAUAUUUUAUUAGUUGUGUUGUCUUGUAGUAAGUAUAUUUUAAUGUAAGUUGGCUUUUAUGACAAGAAAGUUUAAAAGAAAUAGAGAAAAAGAGAAAAAGUUGGAGUCUUCUAGGGAGUGCUACCAUGUUUGUUUGAUAACACGCCCUUGUAAAUAAUUGUCAUCACUUGUAGGUUGGCUGUCUGGGCCGAGUCUGGGCAUUCAUCACUCUUGUUUGUAAAGGCUUUUCCUUCUGGUUUGUUUAGACGAUUUUAUUUAAAAACUGGAUCUCUUAAUCUUGAAGGUAGGCAAGUUGGUGGGCAAUGGGGAGAGGCUGACUUGGGUGAGAACGGGAGAGGGGUGCCUCCUCUUGGGUUAUUUGGAGGUUCAGAUGUUUCCCUCAACUUGACUGGUCGAUGUUCAGAGUGACAGGUAACCCCACUUUAACUUGGUAAAACGGUGGCCCUUAGAGACCCGGAUGAGGUAAUUUUACUUGAGAUUUAAUUUCUUAAGCAAAUUAGUAGCAGCGAUAGUGGAAGAGACCUGUAGUAUCUUGGUGAAUCUGCACUGUGACUCGGGCAGUCUGUGCUAGGGUAGCGUAUCUGGAGUGGGGAGUUCUCAGCCCUGCCCUGGAGUUUGCAGUCUCAGCGCUGCACGCACCCUGAGCCGCCUGCUUCGCGCUCAGCACGCUGUCUGCGGUGUCUGGGGCCUGCCACUUGGGUGUAUCCUUUUCUCUGUGUGUUUGGGCACAGAGUGCUGUGGGAGGUGAGUUUUCCUCCCUCUCAGAACUCAGUUUUUGCGUCGUGGGUCAAAAUGUGAGCUGGCCAAGGUGGUUACAGGGACAGGUUUUUGUGUUUUUGGUAUGUUGUCUUUUUCUUCUUCUUCUUUUUUUUUUUUUUUUAACUAUUUUGUGCUGUGGUAUUUUUCUUCCCUUGGAAUAAUUUUUAACAGCAAAACAGGCCUUACAGCAGUUGCUUUUCUUUUCCACAUAUUUCUUUAAGAAGCUUUAAAAUAUUUAUUGAAAAGUGCCAUAUCUAAUUUCUUUAGCUUUCUCCUCAGGCAGUACUGGGCAUCUCUACUUUUCACCCUCAGAAGAAACAAAUAAAGCACUAACAAAUGUAGCUGAUUUACCACAGGAAUGAUCAGGUCACUGGUCCUACCCAGUGUGGAAUUCUAGACCCCAGACUCUCCGUUUGGUUUUAGAUUUCCUCUGGGUGAUUUUUCUUUUGUGUGCUGGCUUGAUUCUUGUGAGAACAAGUUUUGGCCUGGCUGUGAAGGGUUGAGCUGUGGCCCUGAUGUGGGACCUGCUGGUUAGGAUGCAGUACAGACAGGGCAGGCCUUCCUGUCGGCCUGCAUGCCUUUUAUCUGGGUGGGCUCCCUUCUUGCUGACCCUGUGCUCAGCUGCUGUAGCACCCCUUUGCGGCCUUGGCACCAGAAUGGCAUAUCAGGAAAUGGUACCUGUUUGGUGUGGCCAGGGAGAAGGGAGAGUCCGGGGGAGUCUGUGCCAGUUCUUUGGGCUUCAGGCUGCCCUUUCCCCAGGUGCUGUGGUAUAAAAUGCACCCGUCAGGCAGUAUCCCUGACUGCUGCUCAUGGCUAGAAGAAGGUGAGUGAUCUUUUUCCAAAGCAUGCCCCUGGGAGCCUGAGUGGGUCUUUUGCCUCAGAUCAGCUGUUUGCUGUCAUGUAUUCUUUGGGGAGCAAACCAUCUAGAGCCCUGGUUUGUAUUUAUUGGGUUGUAGGGCCUCUGCCUUUGCUCUUCUCCACAAAGGUUUCAUGUGAUAUCCACUUAGGAGAAGCUCAGAUAACUGCUGCUUUUGUUUCCUCCAAACUCGGUGGAAGACUGGUGGGAAUGGAGUCUGGCAUCAUUUUCUCUGCCCAUGGGAAAGGCUGCUGCAUCUAGGGUAGGAGUGUGGCCAAGCUGGGGGAGAAAAGUGGCCAGGGCUCCUUGCUCCUUCCUUUCUAGUGCACUGUCAUCCAAGCAGCCUCCUGGCUGUGGGAUGGGCUUUCAGGGAGAAUGUGUUCUCUUUGAAAACACUCAUGAUGACUGUGGGAAGACAUCCCUAGCCAAAGAAAUCCAGGAAUGAGUAAGAGAAGGAGGAAGCAAGUGGGGACAGAGGUCACUGUGUCACACUGUCCUACAGAGGAUUCUUAAUGACAAGGGGGCCAGAGGAGGCCGUAGACAUAGUCAUUAGAACAUUCUGGGCCUGGCACGAGCUGGCUUUUCUCCUGGGACUGUUGGUCCCUAUCAGGAGUCCUUCUUUGAGUGAGUUACUCAGGGUGAGGGCUGCAGAUGGACCGAUCUUAGGAGAAAAGGAGACUUGGCUGUGAGGGAAAGUGGUGAGCAUCAGCAGCCUUUGUUGUUCAGCAUGGCCUUCCUGUCCUCUUGGCUCUUGGUAGGUGCCCGGAGGGAUCAGUCCUGCCUGAGGAGGGCUUCCCCGUGUGUGCCAGCUGCUUCUGACUUAGAAUUCACCUUAUCUGGACUUGGGGCAUUUGUACAGAACAAGAAGGACCUUGUCCAGCCUUGAACAUCUUCAGGAGGCUUGAGCCCCCCACUCAUUUUCUCAGCCAAGGGAAAGGCUUCUCACCUCCAGGCCACCGAGAUAGUUCUUCCACUGCCCCUAGGGUCCAGGCCAACUCUCUUGUCAUGGCUUCUCAUGUCAUGGUUUAGAAAGCAAAGCAGGUGAUCUUUUACUUCUGCUCUGUCACCUUUCUCUCCAAUUGGCCAUGUUCUUGCUCCCUGCUACCCUGCCUCUCUGCAGUGGGUGCUUGGGCUGUGUGUGUGGUGUUUCCUUGGUGGCAAGCCCAGCUGUGUAUUCAAAGUCCACCCUGUGCUGUAUGUGGCUCUGAAAGCCUGUUACAUGGCCACUGUGCUCUGAGCCAUGAGGGCAGGGAAGUGGCUAUCCUAUCCAGGGUGGGAGGACUGGGUGGCCCCCUUGCAAAUGGAAUUUUGCCUUUUUUAGAAUGCAUUGUAAAUUCCCAGCACCUAUUGAUAAUAGAAGGAUUUGAUGUUUUGUAGUACUAUGGUAAACAUAAGUAUGUAAGUUUUUAGAACUGGUACUAGAAGUCAAAUAGUCAGGCAUUAUUCCUGAGAACUUGGCUCACUAGAACGAUAUCUAAAUUGGAAGGCAUUUUCCAGGAGUUAACUUGGUUUGAUCGUUAGUACCAGCUAUUUCAGUAACCUGUUGGGUUCUUAAUGGCUCAUCUUUGGAGAGAGGCCAGGCAUGGUUCCCAUUUCAGGGGUACUAGACCUUUCCAAGAAGCACAGUGAAUUUAUUCAUCUACCCUUCAAACAGGGUGAGCAGCCAGAAAGGCAAGGGCACGGUGGCUUUUUCUCAUUUGAGUGACAUGAAUUCUCCUCGGUCAAUGGCUGUUUACAUAAGCUGAACUAAUAAAAUACUCAGCAGCUAAUGUGUUCAACCUAGUAAUGAUGAGUUUAGGUCUUGAUCAACAGUAAUCUUUUAGGUAAAGAAAGUGGCCCAGUAAUUCACUUGAUGUUUAUCUUCUCAGUCUAGAUUUGCAAAUGUUAAAUGAAUUCAGGGUUAUACACAUAGUUCUUUAAGUAAGAUUCCUGGUAGUUGAUUUGUAACCAGCAAUCCACAUAUGAAUGUAUCCCAAACCUUUAAAAGGCUUGGAAAAGUUUUUUAAGAUAAUGAUUUAGUUUUGUAGGAAAAAGAAAUCGGAAGUUUAGAACACCACUCCUUCCUAAAUUUAAUUCAGUUGACUCAGCCACAUUUUAAAAACAGUGAGUGGGUCCAGGAGACCCAUAAACUAUCAUCAAAGUCCAAAUUAUCUAGGGAUAUUUUGAGUAUUCCUGUUUUAUACUCAUUUUGGGUCCACUGUAAUGGUUUGGAUGAGGUUUUGAAUUUAAAGGAUUUACCACUAUUUAAAUUUUUACCAAGCUUUUACACUUUGUGACAGUAUCUUCCAGGUGUGAGUGAAGCAGGACUUUUUGAUUGUGGUACUCCAUAUAUCCCUGUAGUGCCCAAACCAGUGAUAUUUUAUUUGCUCCUAUGGCAGCUCGUAGAGAUAACAGAAGUGGUUUUUCCUCUUGAAUUAAAAGGCAUACUCUCUACAUGCCAGUGUGCGCUGAUGGCCCUGCACUCCCCUUUUGUCUCCAGGAGUGUCUUUGGAUUGUCUGGGGCCUGGGCCAUUCUGAGAGCUACUGCAAGCCAACUACAGGACACUAAAGAAAUGCACACACGGACAUAUGUGUGUAUGCAAUGGAUCAUACAAACAUGCGCUCUUCUGGACAUCUACAGAAAAGUGUUACAUUCAUUUGCAAAGUUUACAUUUUUGAGCUCACAGUUAGGAAAAAUAAGACCCAUUAUCUAAUGCUUUUUGGGCAGGUGAGGAUGGGUUUUUUUGCAAAUGGAUGAGUUCUUUCUUGAGUCUGGGAAUUUCUGCUGUUGGUUGGGCAUGGGCUCGUUCCCUGCCUGUCCCAAUCACGUUUGCAUUGGAAUGUUUUUAGGUAGCAUUGUAAAUAAAAAAAUAGGUUAUAUAAUAGAGAUACGACACUUGAAAUUUUACUUUAAAAAAACCUAUAGCUCUACAUAUAUAUUUAGUUAUAUCACCUGACAGAUUGUUCUGCACAGUGUCGAGAUUGUUUUAUACCACAGAUUAUUUUUAUAAAGUCUAGUGAGUUUGAAUAAGAAUGAUUUUGUAACCAGAAUAACGAGCUUUACCUUUCAAGAUAAACGUACACUGGAGUGUGAGUGGUGUGGCGUUUCUACUUAGUGCCCAUGUGGAUUCUCAUGAUACACUGACAGACUGGAGUCCAUUUCUGGGUCUUGUUUGGCCAAAACUCCACUUGUGGCUGUGUAGGACAGUGAUGCUUCAGUUCGGCUCUUGCAGGUUGGGACAAGAGGGGAUGGGGAGAGGCGAGAGGAGCCUGCAGUAUGUUCUACAUUUGCGCUUCCUCUGAGAUUUCUUUUGAAUAAAGGGUUCUCAGGUUAAAAAGUCGUUUGUAAGCUCCUGCCCUAGGACGUGGUAGUGUGAGGGUGUUUUGGGGAACAGAAAUUGUAUGGGGGUGCAGAUUGGGGUGGGUUGGGACUAGAAUAAGAAAUAGGCUACAAACAUUUGAAAUGAGGGUUUAGUGAUUUGAGUAAUCCACAAAACUGAACUAUUUAGGACCAACUUAUCUAGUUUUCAGGACAGAAUUUCCAGUUGAGAAAUGAUUUGGAAAGGGGGAGGGUGGAAUGGGUAGUAUGUGGACAUGGUGGUCAAAUUAAAUGGAGAGCUGCCAGCUCCUUUGUCCUCUCUGCUCAGGGCAGUUUGGAGGUGAGGGUGGUUGGCCAGGAGCCCGUUGAGGGAGCUCCGAACCCUGUAGCAGCAGAGCAUCUUUGCAGUGUUGACACAGGUUUUCCUGCUCUUCCUACAAAGGUCAGCAUCACUGCCAUGAUAGGAAGGUGGCCUUCAUGUUAGCUUUUUAUUUGGGGGUAGAGAGUGGGUGGUUAUUUGGGUGAACCUUUUUGAUGGGGAUUUAAGGGAAGUGGAUAAUGAAGCUGAUUGUUUCUAUCUGUAAUUGCCAGUCCGGAGGUCCAGCUGAAGGCCUGUCCCCCAGACCCUGCCUGCUGGCUUUUCAGGCUGCUGUGCCCAGUGGUGCACUGGUUGGGACAGUUUUGUCAGGAGAAUCCCUAAUGUGUCAUUUAAAACCAGCUGUGCUUUUUAUUCAGUCUGAUUUAGAGUAAAGUUUUACACUUUACCCCUUUUAUACUUGGAAUAAAUUUAGUUUCAGCAGAUCCAGUAGCACUCUGGGAACCAGCCCAUUGGUCCUUUCCCUGUUCCCCAUGAAAGAACAUUUCUCUGCUCUCUAGCCACAUCUUGGAAUGUAAUUCUGUUGUGCCUUUGUUUUUGUCACCUGGCUCCCCACAAAAGCAACUGCUGUAAGCUUUUUUCUACUGGUAUUUUCUAGCCCCAAACCCCACCUUUUUGCUUUUUUCCAGCUGUAAUUUCUGGAUGCAGUUCUGUGCUCCAGGUAUUUUAAGAACCAGUUACCUCAGACCUCAUGUUGAACAAUGUCACCAUCUGGGUCCUCUCAAUACUGCAGGCUUGUAACAUACAUACGCGGGAACCCUGCCAAGUAUGGGCACUUCUUUGUUUUAAAGUAAAACUCUUCCCAAGGACUGACAAAGGGGCUUCUGGCAAGCUCUUAACAGCACUGUGGUGGGAUGGGUCUAGAGCGUCAUCUGAACGGUGCUUCCUAUGUUCCUCUUUGAAUUCUGCCAUUUUCAGUAUUCUCAUGUCUGAAUAGGCAAAGUGAUUCAAUUGGCUGGUCUUGCACACAAGUUAGUUCCAAAGAUGAGCUCUUUGUAACACAUUUCCAGUCACUAAAGCUCAAAUGUAGAACAUUCCUUUAAAUGGCAGGAUUGAAAAACCCACCAUCUACCAUGGUGCAUUUUGGGAAGAUGUCUGUAGCAUAUGUUGCUGUGAAAUUAGGCCUUGCGGGAUAUGGCUGUUUGUCAUUUUGAUGUAUUUUAAAUAAAUAUAUAUAUAUUUUUUAAAGAGCCUUUUUUACCAGUUCAAGAAGUUUAAUUAACCAGCAGUCACCACAUCUGAAUUUUUGUCUCUGGGGCAUAGAUGGCAGAACAAGAUUAAAAGUGGUAACUCAGUCAUACAAGCGUGGGCUGCCUGCCUGGACUGUCCCGCUGACUGUGGACACCAAGGUCAGUGUGUCCAGUGGGUCCGGACUCAGCCCUCAGGGUGUUUGGUCUCUGCCCUGUUCAGUGGACUGUUGACUUCAGUCCCUGCAAGUGCUUUAGCCCAAGUGGGGUUUUCUCAGAGCACUGCCACGAGUUAAGUGUAUGUUUAGCCAAAUAAUUUCUCCGUAAGGGAAAAGCGCGCUCAUCCAAAUUUUACCAGCAGUGACAGAGAUGAGAGUAGGAAAGAUUAGGCAACAUCUGGGGCUUGAUUUGGAAAGUGUCUAAGUCAUUGUCAAAGGCUGUCUGGGAGCCAGUGACCAUACAGAGAUUCUUAGGAGACCUCAUGGGAAAGUGUUAAGACUCCUGUGAGGGGAAGAAUUGUUAAAAUGCCAGUGGCUUUUUUUCACCAUUUCUUCUAGAAUUCUGUAAAAACGCAAAGAAAAUUGAGUGGUACUUGAGAAUUGAGGGUGAGGGUUACCGCAGAUUAGAAACAUACUUCUAGAUUUCAGUUCCACACCACAAAUCCACACAAUGCCAUUUUUCAACUGUACAAAAGAAUCUGCUUAUGAAUUUGACGUGAUCCUGUUAGUGUCAAAGGCCAAAUUUUUCACCUGUUAAUAUUUUUCCACAUUUGUCCUUGAAUCUGAAUAACUUUAUACAGUACUGUAAAUUUAACUUACAUCGAGUUUGAUGUUAAUUCUUGUGAAAAGAGCUUCUGCAUGUAACAGACACACAGUUAAAGAACACAGCAGAAUACGAAAUUUGCAGGACCAAUUUUGGAACUAACAGAAAAUGUCACCUCUCAUUUUCCAUCUUCUGUAUCAGUUUUACCAGCUACUUCUAAAUUUGUACGUUAUUUGUAAGGAAAAGAAGGAAAACCCUAAGACUUGUCUAACUUAGUGGAGAAUGUGUGUGUUGGGUUUAGGAUGGAUAGCGAAGUCUUAUUGAGCUGUGUUAUCUAACUUGUAUAUAAAAAUUGUAAUUAAAAGUUUGGAUUCACCUGUUUCUCGCGGUUUAAAAAUGAGUAAUUGCAAACUCUGGAAAUGUGACUAGUAUAUGAUUUAAGGCUGUAGAAGUGAGGAAGCUCUUCAAGUGCUAAAACUAAAGACUUAAAGUUUUUGGCUCAAAUUCAGUAAGUAUUGUUUGUAUAUGUAAUAGGUCACUUUUCACCCUUGUAGCUAUAAAAUAAAAAUUUUGUAGAACAGAAAUAGCUUGUACUACUGAAUUAACAAAAGAUAUACUAAAGUAUCAUGUUUUAAAAUAUAUAUAUAUACAGAGUUAAGCUUGUUGCUGUCACCCUGUCUGGAUUUGAAGGUGUGCUGAUUUAUAUAUAUAUAUAUAUAUAUAUAACACACACACACAUAUAUAUAUUAUAUACACGCACACAUCUAAAAUGGCCAAAAGCAGACAUCUGUGUAAUUACAGUUGCAAAAUGAAGACAUUUUGGAAAGAGCAUUGUAUCAUAUGGUUCAUUCAUUUGCAGUGGAUCUUUGUUCCUUUUUACUGUGGUAAUUUUAGAAAUGAGUGUCAAGUUUGAAAUUAGAUCUGCUAAGUUGGGGUUUUGCUGUUUGAACUCUGCACUGGGUCCUCAAAUAAACCGAUGUGAAUGUAGUUUUUUCCCCCUGUGUGAAGGAGCAGCCACACCCCAACAGAAUAGGAGGGAAAAUCUAGAGCUAUUUCAAGUUUUAUCUUUUUGUAUAUGAAAAUAAAAUAAUAAUAAUAAUGAAA